AUGGGCUUAAACAAUCUCUGCCAUGGUCCAGAUGAAAAGGUUACAUCAAUAACUAACAGCCUCAACAUGAGAAGCAUUAGUUUCUCUCAUUAUUAUAUAUCAACACACGAAGAGCAUUCGCUGAACACCCUACGGGCCCGUUCGGUUCACGGGGAAUAGAAGGCCGGAACUGUUCCGGUCUAGAUUACUUCUCUAAUUUGUAUAAGUUUUGAUUAACAGGAAUAAUUCUUGGUGCAAUCCAGCAGAAACGAACGGGCCCUACAUCAGCAGCGACACCGUCAGCAAUGCAUUACAUGUUCUUGGUGACUGUCGCAACUCACAGGGCCGCAUUCUAUUGUUUCGGCCAUCUUGAGGCCCUUCAUCACCUCCAGCAUAGUUGGCCUCUUCCAUGGCUCGUCCACAGUGCAGUCUCGGGCGAUGGCUAGCACACGGGCCAUCUGUUCGCGCCACACACUCGAGUCAGGCAAGCAAGGAUCAAACACCUCCUCCUCUUUACCAUGUGCCAUCAUCCAUCGCAUCCAGCCAACAAGGUUUCCACCCUCUUCCCCUUCCCCUUCCUCUUGCCCCGUGGGUGGCCGUCCAGUGAGCAGCUCCAGCAUGACGACGCCGAAGCUGUAGACGUCGCCUUUCGUGGAGGACUUCAUUGUCAGGCCUUACUCUGGAGGUAUGUUCCCAAAUGUACCGGCAAUGUCGGUGCUGACAUGGGUCUCGCACGCGCUGAUUAUCCUCGCGAGGCCGAAAUCAGAGACCCUUGGCUCCAAGUUUCCAUCCAGCAGAAUGUUGCUCGGCUUCAUGUCUCGGUGGAUGAUAUGGGGCACAAAUCCAUGGUGCAGGAACGAGAGCCCCCGGGCAGAACCGAUGCAUAUCUUCAGGCGGUCUGGCCAUCCGAGUGCUUCGAUGGCGUCGGCCCGGUUCCUGAGCCACGUCUCAAGACUCCCGUUCUCCAUGUACUCGUACUAGUGGUUGGCGUGCGCCUUUGGGCGCGCUUGCAAAUUACAUAAAUAUUGUAGAGAAAUGUUUUUUAUAAUAGAUCAUUAUAGAAGGUAGCUAUAUUAGGUCAUCAUGUUUGGUUUGAGAGACUAUUUUAGUCUCUAAAUUAUUAAACGGUGGGACUACAAUAUAGACUAAACUGUUUGUCUCUAGUCCUUUAAGGGGUGACUAAAAGAAACUAAAUCAUAUUAAUUUCACCUUUUGUCCCUUCUUUAUUUCAGUUGCACUAAUGACGGGAGAAUAUUAAAGAGUAUUUUGACCUCUUAUGAUUCAGUUAAUGUUUUUUUGAAUACUUUUAGUCCAUAGAACCAAAUAGAGUAGGACUAAACUUUAAUCUCCUAACCUAAACUAAAGAAACCAAACGAGUCCUUACUCCUUAGUAUCUAAAUGUUGAAAAUGAGACGAAGAUAUGUAUAUAGAGUUGAUACUUAAGUUACUUAGUUACUUUGUAUACAGGGGAAUGUGUAGAAAAAAGUUGUUCAGUUCAACAGUACCACCACUAACUAAUUAAGAGAAUCCAAGGAAACAGAAGAGCAAGCACGUACCAAUAGUGGAGUCAAGUUAGCCCAUAACAGAAGCAUGGCACCACAGGCCACCGUCAUUGUGCGACAGGAUGUUAUAAGUUCUAACAACGCUGGAUGGCAAUUCACUGAUAAAAAGUAGCGGAUAGACUCGUUUCGGCAUUCCAUCAAGCAGCUUGAGGACAUAGAACGUACAAGGGCAUAAUACGUAGAAGUUUGUCGCACUUUGAAGACAAAGCAGCCACCGACGCGGUUCUUCUCGCGCUAGCUCGCGCCGGUGAGGAGGUGCGUCAUGUGCUGGCAUGUGGGAGGGCCAUGGAACCACCACUCGAGGUUUGGUGCCAGCAGUUCUUGUGCCCGACGCGCGUCGCAGGCGUUGAGCGCCUCGUACAGUCGCAGGCUCGCAGCACUAGGAAACAGUUCUCUUCUUCAGCGAGCACCACCUCCGUGUCCACCGUUGUCUCGUGCGAUCGCGGCGAAGCCGCUCUCGGACCAGAGGUGUAGAUAGCUCUUGCUGCGAGUGCCGCUUAGACAGUCCUCUCCAUGCUUGAGCUACUGGCCUACUGGGCAGCUUAAACCAGCAGCGGAGCCAAGCCUAGGCACCGGCCCUGCUGGUGUAUACCGACUCCCUCGUC